UCUCCUGCGGUCGCCUCGGGAUAUUGGAAAAAUUAAUAUAAAAAGUGAAUUACCAACAAAAUAAUUAAAAAUGUUCCUGCCUCAUUUACAUCGGAAAGCUGGGUACACGCUUUGCCGUGUUUGUCGACAUUUGUCUACAAGAGCACUAGCAAAACCGGUCGGAGAAUACACCAACCAGCCAGAGUACCCUCCUAUUCAAGAUUUGAGUUUUAAAGAGAAGAAAAAACGUGAAAUUGCUAACUGGCACGAUAAAAUUAAGCAGCUUAGUACCGUGGAGGAAAAAUUGUUUGAAAUCAACAUGCCUAAGUUUUAUGGCUACAAGACUCACCUGAUAACUGAUCAAAAGUUUCCCUAUAAUGUUCUUCCGUUUGCACAAUAUGCCACAAGGACACAUUUUAUCGAAGAUACUUUACCAGAAUCAUACACUAAACUAAGCGAAGAUAGCAAUAAAAUUCUGGAAACUCUUCGUGGAGAAUUAGAAGACAUUAUUGGUUUUGAACAUAGUGUUUAUACGCGACCGGAAAAUAACAUGUCACCCGAGGAACGUGAAGAAAUUGCUUCCUCAUCUCUUCUCAAAGGACUUCACAGAGUAUUGAUCAAUCAUUUAUCUAAUCAGUAUGCUCACUUGAACGAAUUGGAAGAAGAUCUCGAUCCUAGACAUGAGGCUUUUUGGUUCUUAGGAGGUAUUUCGCCUCCAGCUUUGGUUCGAAAGAUUAAAGAAGGUGUCGAAUGGCAAAAACCCUACGCAAACGAUCCAUAUGAUCGAAAAUUGCAGUAUAUCGGCAAGCCUUAUUUAGCAUUACGACACAAACACCCGUUAGAACCAUUGGCUCACGUGAGUCUGGACAGUCUCAAUCUCAAAGAGGAACAAAUUGAAAUUCCUCAGUUUAAAUACGAUCCUAUGACACUAGGCUAUCAAACUGAACAACGUCAUGCCACUACAAUUCCUGGAUUUUGGCCUGGAGAUCUGCACGAGUUCGGAACAAUAUCGUUCCAGCGUCGAAGUCAUGCUUUAUUGCGUCACCAUUACUGCGCUAUAAAUGACAUUCAGGAAGCUCUUCAUUCACAAGCUAUUUUUGCUUCAUACGCUUGGCUGAUUGGGCAGGCAUGCUAUCAAGGGUUUUCGGUGUUUAAUGACCUUACCUAUCCUUUGACUACACAAACUGUUAUUACAAACGGAAAGAAGUGGUCCUUCUAUGCGUAUCAGCUUAAUACAACUUUACUACACUCUGAUCAGGUGGAUGUUAACCCACGUUAUAAUAUGUGUUGGGGAAUGAAGGAAAUGGAGUUGUUUGAACACGUGGAUGAUAGCGGAAAAAUCCAUGGUCUUAACGAAAGCGUCCUUGCUCGACUAAUUGCCUUUUACAUAAACACACCCAAGAUUCGUGAAGGGAUUAAUCUGAAGCCCUAUCUAUGUAAAACGGAAACCAGAAUCGCAAAUAUUGUGGACGAGAACCGGCGUGUUUUCAUGGAGCAUGCAUUCAAACAUCAAGCCUCAAAUCGACCCCGUCAUCGGUUGGUACCGGAAAUAUAUCAAUGGGAGAAGCUUUAUAAAAUAGACAACAAAACACGCCCAAUGGAGCCAAAAAGACGACCAUUCGAGCUAAACAUAAAUAUGUAUAAUCGCCGAAUGGAUGAGCACGCGUUGAAAUACAUCCCGCGUCGUGUGCGUCCAGAUGGUCCCAAGAGCAAGCCGAAAUUCGAAGCUACUUACUAUCCCAACGUGAGACGGUAAUUAAAGGGAUGUUAGUUUUCAAAGCGCAUUUUUUUGCUAAGU